AUGGCCGCAUACACCCCAAACACCCAUGUCCAGCUGGCAGGAUCGAUCCUCAGGGACGAAUACGAUAGCAUCAACCGCAAGAUCACCAACCUUCAAGGAGCCCACCUGGCCGCUCUGCGUACCCUCAGCCCUUUACCGGAAGACCCACCCCUUCUCACCUCUAUCUGGCUCAGCUGCCAGGAUGACUUGAAAGGGUAUUGUCAAAAUCUGGAACAGGCUAUCAAGGCUUUGGAGGCAAUGAAGAUGGAUAUUGUCAAGGGUCUCGCCAGCAGGACUACCCAUUAG